UUACCAGCUGCUCCCUGAGGAAUUCCACUCCACAGCCAGCGUUCCCAGACACGCUCCCGCCCACCAUUCCGUGAAAUCCUUCUACUCCAAGUCGGGCAGCUUUAUCUCCAUCGGCAAGGUCGGCAGCGAGAUGCCGUGCGAUUCCCAGCUGGACCUGCCCGUCAACUACGUGUUCCAGAAUCUUCCGCAGGGAGCUCCUCUCCAUCUCGACCUCUUCCACCUGGUCAUGGCGAAAGGGAAGAUCAUCAGCCUGGAGAGCACCCCCCUCAUCGUCGGGGGGACGCACGGCCCACAGGGGGCUCUGACGCUGCCACUACGCCUGCCCGCCCUCCUGGCUCCCACUGCCCGGCUCCUGGUCUUCACCGCCCUGCCCAGUGGUGAGAUGGUGGCCCACUCCACACACAUACACAUGGACAAGUGCUUCCGCAACAAGGUGCAGCUGAGUUUCUCCGUGCCGGAGGAGUUGCCGGGCAGACAGGUCUCGCUGCACGUCGACGCCGCCCCAGGCUCCCUCUGCGGUCUCCGCAUCGUCGACCACAGUGUGCUGCUCCUCAAACCCGAGAGGGAGCUCACGGCACAAAGUGUCUACUCCUUGCUGCCGGUCACUGAUCUGAACGACUACCCCUACUCAGUGCGUGACUAUGACUCUCACAACUGUGUUCCUGAGACUGACGAUUCACUGCUCUCACUGGACGACAAGAACUCGGUCACUGACGUGGCUCAGUUGCUGCAGGACCUAGGCCUGAAGGUCUUCACGGACCUGGACUACCAGGUACCCCUCAACUGUGAAACGCGGAGAGGAGUAGCCUAUGCGGGAUUUGGGGGAAGACAAGGAACGCCACAACUUGAUGAGACCGUCAUGUACAUGGUGGAGUCAGGAGUGGCGAUAGAUUCCACGGGGCCCAGGCAGCUCCAGGUCCGCCAGUACUUCCCCGAGACUUGGCGCUGGGACCUGAUUCCAGUCGGGCCAGAGGGCCAGGCCUCGGUGGAGCUGACGAUCCCGGACACCAUCACGGAGUGGAAGGGCAGCGUGUUCUGCAACGGGGAGACUGGCUUCGGCCUCUCGCCCAUCGCCUCCUUCACCACCUUCAAGCACUACUUCCUGGAGCUGGCCCUACCCUACGCCGUGGUCAGGAGCGAGGGUUUCACCCUCAAGGCCAAGCUCUUCAACUACCUGGCCCACAGCCUCAUGGUCAAGGUCACGUUGCAGGAAGCCCAGGGCUUUGAGCUGAAGUCGUCAGACAGCCAAAUUCAAGUGUGUGUCUUAUCUACAGACAGCGCCACUGUCAGCUGGAACCUUACAGCCACCGGGUUGGGUGAGAUAGUGACCGGGUCACACCUGUCUCUGCCCCCACCCCUGGGGCAGCGAGGGAAGGGAGGGAGUGCCUGGAUCUGUCCCCACCCCUGGGGCAGCGAAGGAAGGAGAGGGAGUGGCUGGAUCUGUCCCAGGUCCCUGUCCCCACCCAUGGGGCAGUGA